GAAAAAGAAAAAGAAAAAGAAAAAGAAAAUGGAGGAGCAACUCUCGAGUCAAAAUCUGACCCAAAAUCCAUCGUUACAACGUACUUACCAGUUACUUCUUCAUGACUGCCCUGCCUUUUGAAGACUUUCUGGAACCCCCACCUCUUCAGAUCGUACCGCUCCUGGUUGCUUUCUCAGGUCCGCGACCCCUUUAUCUAUUAUAAUGAAUCCCUCCUGAUUUUCUGAGCUUCCUGAGAGCUACGAAGCUCAAUUCCUGUUUAGAAUUGCGGAAGCUAUGUGCCGUCAAGAUUCCCGUGUGCGUAUGUCGGCCGAAGAGGAAGUCGCCGCGGAAGAGAGCCUCUCCGUUUACUGCAAGCCCGUAGAACUCUACAACAUUCUUCAGCGCCGUGCCAUCAGAAACCCGUCAUUUCUUCAAAGAUGUUUGCACUACAAAAUAGAGGCAAAAAAUAGAAAGAGAAUACAAAUGAAAAUUUCUUUACCGGGGACUGCGAAUGAAAGUUUACAAACUCAAAAACUGUUUCCCCUGUGUAUUUUCUUAGCGAGACUAGUUUCUGAUGUUGCAGAUGCUGAGGAUUCCGCUGUGUACCGCUUUAGUCGAGCAUUCAUCUGGAACAAUCCUAUCGGAGUAGGUGGGAGUACUCAAAUUCAAGCCAAUAUUAUUCUUCCUGAGAUUAAUAAGCUAGCACUGGAGGCCAAAUCUGGUUCACUUGCCAUCUUGCUUGUCAGCUGGGUUGGGGCUGAAAAUCCUUUGCCUGGAAUCGAUUUAACCAAGGGAUCUUUGGAUGUGACUUCUUUUCCGUUAACUGCUGGAGGAGACUGCUUAUGGGGCAAGAUACCAUUCGAAUCACUUUACUUAUCGUGGGAGAAUUCUCCUAACUUCAUCUUGGGCCAGAGGGCUGAGAUAAUUUCAACUGUAAACAUGCAUUCUUGCUUCUUAAAGCUGAGUUGUUUGAAUGAGGACAGAUGCAUCUCAAUUCAACUUCCAUAUAAUUCUGAAACUCUGAGUACAUCACAGCAAGUGCAAGUCAUCAUUUCUGCAGAAGAGAUUGGGGCGAAGGAGAAAUCUCCUUAUAAUUCAUACAUGUGUAGUGACAUUCCUUCUUCAUCAUUGUCUCAUAUUAUUCGGCUAAGGGCAGGAAAUGUCGUUUUUAAUUAUCGAUACUACAAAAAUAAGUUGCAGACAACAGAAGUAACUGAAGACUUUACAUGCCCAUUCUGCUUGAUAAAAUGCUCUAGCUUUAAGGGUCUCAGAUUUCACUUGUGUUCAUCACAUGAUCUCUUCAACUUUGAGUUUUGGGUGACUGAAGAGUAUCAAGCUGUAAAUGUGUCUGUAAAAACUGAAACGUGGAGAUCUGAGGUUGUUGCAGAUGGUGUUGAUCCUAAGCAACAAACAUUCUUCUUUUGCUCAAAGCCACUUAGACGCAGAAGACCGAAGAACCUAGUUCAAAGUGCAAAGCAUGUACAUCCACUCGCCUUGGAGUCACAGUUGCCAUCAGAAGUCUGUGAACUUCUAGACAAGGCUGAUGAUGCUCAUUCUAGCAAAGGUGAUAGGGCUCGUUUCUCAGGGGUUUCAAGUGCCACACCACAAUCACAUGUUGAUCCUGAUUGUGUUCAAUCAAUACCCGGGAAUAAUCUUGCAGCCCCUACCGUGCUACAGUUUGCAAAGACAAGAAAGUUAUCUAUUGAACGAUCUGAUCCUAGAAACUGUGCCCUGCUGCGGAAGCGACAGUUCUUUCACUCACAUAGAGCACAGCCAAUGGCACCAGAGCAAGUAUUAUCAGAUCGAGAUAGUGAAGAUGAAGUUGAUGACGAUGUUGCAGACUUUGAAGAUCGGAGGAUGCUUGAUGAUUUUGUUGAUGUGACGAAGGAUGAGAAGCUAAUGAUGCAUAUGUGGAAUUCUUUUGUGAGGAAGCAACGGGUGCUAGCAGAUGGUCAUAUUCCUUGGGCAUGUGAGGCCUUUUCGAGCUUGCAUGGACCUGACCUGGUCCGUAACCCUGCCCUGAUUUGGUGUUGGAGAUUAUUUAUGAUCAAGCUAUGGAAUCACGGUCUCCUUGAUGCGCGCACCAUGAACAAUUGUAAUGUUACUCUUGAACAAUGCCAAAGCCAGGAUUCGUAUCCUAAAACCUAAAGAGGUGAUUUUUUUUUUCUUUUUUAUUAUUUUCUGAGUCAGCAAAGGUAUGGGCCAAGAUGACAUGAUUCGUCACUCAUGUAUCAAUCUCGAUCACUACAUUUGCGGCAUCUUUAUUUUCAUUUUUGGGCCCCGAGUCUACCCGUCUGUUUCUCAGCACACCUUGUAUCCCGACCAGAAAAAGAAAAAAAACAAUGUAUUUUGUAUAAUUUGAAUUAUAGAGGAAUAAAAAUUCUGUUCCA